AUGGACGAUGCGCCGCCGCUCAUUGAAACACCGCCACCAAGAAAACAAUCUCGAGGUCUAGGUACAGCUGCUGAAUAUCAGCCGUUGCCGGCAGAAAAGCCUGCGACUUUGGCUGUUCGUGAAUCAGACAGCAUAGAGCCGAUGUCAGGGUUAACUCCACGAUUAGAAUCGCGAGUAUCAGCACUAAGACGCCGUUCAUCCCAAGCGCGAGAUCGCUGGGCGACAAAAAUGGAAUUUCUACUGGCUGUAAUUGGUUACGCGGUUGAUCUGGGCAAUAUUUGGAGAUUUCCAUCGGUUUGCUAUAAACAUGGAGGAGGAGCUUUUCUCAUACCCUACCUGGUAAUGUUACUCGUCGGUGGUCUACCCAUGUUUUACAUGGAAUUGGCGCUGGGUCAGUUUCAUCGGUCCGGAUGUGUAAGUAUAUGGCGAAAGGUGUGCCCGUUGUUCAAAGGUAUCGGAUACGGUAUCUGCUUCAUAUGUACAUUUAUCGCUUGUUUCUACAACGCUAUCAUUGCGCAUGCGGUUUACUUCGUCAUCAGCUCAAUAGCUCUUGAAGUCCCAUGGAAGACAUGUAAUAAUUCUUGGAAUACGCCACUAUGCACGGAUACUUUAAAUGCAACUCUUGGCAAAGGUGGAGAGCGUCUCACCACACCGAGCGAGGAAUUUUAUUUUCAUAAAGUGUUGGAAAUCCAAAAAUCAACGGGAUUUGAUAACAUUGGAGGCGUAAAGCCGUCGCUGGCACUUUGCUUGGCUUUCGUCUUCCUUCUUGUAUAUUUUGCUAUAUGGAAAGGACCGAAGAGCACUGGAAAGAUGGUAUGGAUUACGGCGACAGCUCCGUACAUAGUGCUAACUAUCUUGUUGAUCAGAGGUGUCACUCUGCCCGGAGCUGGCAGAGGUAUAUACUAUUACCUGAUGCCGGACUUCAAUAAGCUCUCCGAUCCCAAGGUAUGGUCAGCCGCAGCCACUCAAAUUUUUUUCUCCUUGGGUCCAGGAUUUGGCGUUCUUCUAGCGCUCAGUAGCUAUAAUGACUUCCACAACAAUUGCUAUAGGGACGCUGUCGUUACGUCUACAAUCAACUGUUUGACCUCGUUCUUCUCUGGUUUUGUCAUUUUUUCCACUCUUGGAUAUAUGUCUGUGCUGACAAAUAAGGAAGUUAGCGAGGUAGUAGGCGAUCAUGAUGCCUCUUUGAUUUUUAUCGUUUAUCCCCAAGCUCUAGCCACCAUGAGCUACAGCAGCGCGUGGUCGUUUAUUUUCUUCGUCAUGUUGAUAACUCUAGGAAUCGACAGUACGUUUGCCGGAAUUGAAGCACUAAUUACUGGUCUCUGCGAUGAGUCUAGACUACUAACACGGAAGCGCGAAUGGUUUGUAGGUGUUGUUUGCGUGCUCUACUAUUUCGGAAGUUUACCUGCGAUUAGCUAUGGAGGCCAAUAUGUGAUUCCUUUCCUGGACGAAUAUGGAGUCUCUCUGUCGGUUCUAUUCAUUGUCACAUGUGAAAUGAUAGCUGUGUGUUGGUUCUAUGGCAUUAAUCGCUUCAGUAACGAUAUCAAUUUUCACCUUGAAACUCGAGGAUUAUAUUGGCGAGUAUGCUGGAUGAUGUGCCCAAUUUUUAUCUCGAUUAUCUUCAUAAUGACUGUUUGGCACGCAUCGUUGUCACCUAUGCAGUUGCCUGGGUAUACAUUUCCUACGUGGUCAGUGGGCCUCGGCUGGUUUCUGCGGCUUCUCUCAGUGUUGAGCGUACCCCUCUUUGCCGUAUAUAUGCUGUCAUUUGCGAAAGGUUCAUUUACCGAGCGCCUUCGCUGGGCAACAACGCCGCAACAACGACGAACGUCCGUUUCAUCGCUGAGUGCCGAUCCUACCCAAAUUAUAGACAGCACUCUACUUCAUCCUGUACAUACUCUAACACAAGUUUAA